UGCUAUCCCGGGUCUGGAUUCUUCAUUCGGGAGCGCUGGACAAGGCUGAACACGAAUGCUGCCAUAUUCGGCUCCACAGAGAAGCACACCGGCUAGCGCAGGUUUACACGCAAGGAAAAGCACCCAUUCCCGGUUUUUGGGGGGCGUGUUUAUGUAGGUUAAAGGUGUGUGUAGUUCUUCGUUAGGGAGGUUAUCAUUGAAGAUUUCCAGUUGAGCGGAAUGAGCGUCCGGUCAUCCUGAGACUCGACGGGAGAAAAGCCCCACACAUCCCGCAAAGUGGAAACUACAGAUUUGUCCGGAUUAAGGCAAAUGGAGCCGACAGGGCCUCGGGAGUGAGGAGGGGGGUGGAAACGCUGGAAAGCAGCGGAAAACAACCGGGUUAGGCGCAUUAGGGCUUCGUUUAUCUAAGCACAAUGUUGGGCACAUUUUGCUAGCUGGCUAGCUGUUGGAGUCUGGGACUUCAGAGCUCCACACAUAUCAGCCAGAUAAAUCCUAUUUGUAUAUAUUUACAACGCUCAUCCUCGGUAUAUUAAUCUCAACAAGAGUUGUUUUAUCCUUUCUGGCUGUGGGAGUGGUAGCCAGGCCGCUAAACUGGUAGAAAAUGUCUGCGAAGGUGCGCCUGAAGAAGUUGGAGCAGUUGCUGCUGGAUGGCCAUCAGAAAAACGACCGGUCAUUGAGUGUGGAGACACUGCUGGAUAUUCUCAUAUGUUUAUACAACGAGUGCAGCAACUCGCCCUUAAAACGGGAAAAACAUGUGACGGACUUUUUGGAAUGGGUGAAGCCGUUCACAACCACCGUGAAGGAGAUGCGGCUUCACAGAGAUGACUUCGAGAUGCUCAAAGUGAUUGGCAGGGGAGCCUUCGGAGAGGUUGCAGUGGUGAAGAUGAAACACACCGAGCGUGUUUACGCCAUGAAGAUCCUGAACAAGUGGGAAAUGCUGAAGAGGGCCGAGACGGCUUGUUUCCGAGAAGAGAGGAACGUCCUGGUGAAUGGAGACUGCCAGUGGAUCACCACUCUGCAUUACGCUUUCCAGGAUGACAACUACCUGUACUUGGUGAUGGAUUAUUAUGUGGGAGGCGACCUGCUGACUUUGCUUAGUAAAUUUGAGGACCGACUCCCGGAGGACAUGGCCAAGUUCUAUGUGGCAGAGAUGGUGCUCGCUAUCCACUCCAUCCAUCAGCAACGCUACGUACACAGGGACAUAAAACCAGACAACGUGCUACUGGACAUGAACGGUCACAUCCGUCUGGCUGACUUCGGCUCCUGCCUGAAGAUGAUGCAAGAUGGCACGGUCCGGUCAUCAGUGGCUGUGGGCACCCCGGACUACAUCUCCCCUGAGAUCCUGCAGGCCAUGGAGGACGGCAUGGGGAAGUACGGGCCGGAGUGUGACUGGUGGUCUCUUGGCGUCUGCAUGUAUGAGAUGCUCUACGGCGAGACGCCCUUCUAUGCUGAAUCCUUGGUGGAGACCUACGGGAAGAUCAUGAACCACGAGGAGCGGUUCCAGUUCCCCUCUCACAUCACGGAUAUGUCAGAGGAGGCUAAAGAUCUGAUCCAGCGGCUGAUCUGCAGUAGAGAGCGUCGGUUGGGUCAGCAUGGCAUCGAGGAGUUCAAGAAGCACCCCUUCUUCUCCGGCAUCGACUGGGAGAACAUUCGCAACACAGAGGCACCGUACAUCCCUGACGUCAGCUCACCCUCAGACACCUCCAACUUUGAUGUAGAUGAUGAUGUGCUAAAAAACCCGGACAUCGCUCCCCCAGUAUCUCACACGGGUUUCACCGGGCAGCACUUGCCCUUCGUGGGCUUCACCUACACCACAGAGAGCUGUUUCUCAGACCGUGGCAGCGUGAGGAGGGUGGCGCUGGCGGAUGGAGGUGCUGGGGAGGAUCUCCAGGAUGGAGGUCUGCCGGUGGAAGCCUUCGAGAAGAGGAUUCGCUGUCUGGAGCAGGAGAAACAGGAGCUCAACCGCAAGCUGCAGGAAUCCACUCAGGCUGUUCAGUCCCUCCAUGGCUCUGGGCGUGGGGCCGGCACGCUUGGUCGUGAUAAAGAGAUUAAAAAACUCAAUGAGGAAAUCGAUCGCCUAAAAAAGAAACUGGCAGACUCUGAUAGGCUGGAGCACCAGCUCGAGGAGGCAGUGACUCUUCGACAGGACUUUGAAAGUUCCUCCAGCAAACUAAAAGCCCUGGACAAGCAAGUUAAAGCUCUCAAGCAGGAGAAAGAGGAUAUCCAUAAGCAACUGGUGGAGUCUCUGGAUCGCCUGAAGUCUCAGACCAAGGAGCUGAAGGACGCCCACCAGCAGAGGAAGCUGGCCAUGCAGGAGUUUUCGGAGCUGAACGAGCGCAUGGCCGAGCUGCGCUCACAGAAACAGCGUCUGUCGAGACAGCUGCGGGACAAGGAGGAGGAGAUGGAGGUGGUGAUGCAGAAGAUCGACACCAUACGCCAGGACAUCCGCAAAACCGAGAAGGCCCGCAAGGAGCUGGAGUCUAAGCUGGAGGAUGCGCGUGCCGAAGCCUCUAAGGAGCGUAAGCUCCGAGAGCACAGUGAAGUCUACUCUAAACAACUGGAGAGUGAGCUGGAGACGCUCAAGGUCAAGCAGGGAACGGGUCGUGCCUCAGGUCCCAGUUCAGAGACUCAGCAGGAGCUCACCAAGUUGAAGUCAGAGCUGGAUAAGAAAGUGCUGUUCUAUGAGGAGGAGCUGGUGAGACGUGAUGCCAGCCACACUACAGACCUGAAGAACAUGAGGAAGGAGCUCCACGACUCUGAGGGUCAACAGCUGUCACUGCACAAAGAGCUGCUGGUGCUCAAAGACAAACUGGAAAAGGCCAAGAGAGAGCGACAAACCGAGAUGGAUGAGGUCAUGGGUGCUCUGAAGGAGAAGUAUGAACGUGAACGCCACCUUCUGAGUGAGGAAAACCGUAAACUCACUGUAGAAACAGACAGGCUCUGCAACUUUGUGGACAAGCUGACAGCUCAGAACAGGCAGCUGGAGGACGAGCUCCAGGAUCUGGGUUCGAAGAAAGAGAGUGUAGCACAUUGGGAAGCACAGAUCGCUGAGAUUAUCCAAUGGGUGAGCGAUGAGAAAGAUGCACGUGGCUACCUUCAGGCUCUGGCCUCCAAGAUGACGGAAGAGUUGGAGUCUCUGCGUAGCUCUAGUCUGGGAUCCAGAACACUGGUAAACAUCACUAACUUUGAUUCAAAAUUAAUAGAGGGGAAUGAUCAAGCUUUAACCACUGAACUCCCAGUUAAACAGCUGAUCUGCUAUGCUAUAUCAAGUUCAAAAACGCGUAUCAAGCAGUCAGUUCCUGCUGCUUUUGAGCUCAAGAGCGAGUCCCUUGUUGACCUUAGCCUGCUGGUCUGUGUUACCUGUCAUCUUAUUUUUGUCCCCCUCAAAAAAAAGGACUCUGUCUUCUCCUCAUCCACAUCUUCUCUGCUUGCAUUUUGGGAUGAAACAAGCUCCAUCGGUGAUGUGGACGCCACACCCCAGAAGACGGACAUCCCCACUUCCUCCCCAUCAGUGGCUUCAGAACAGGAUGAACCAGUCAAGUUUCAAGCGACCACCCCUGUUGCCCCUUCUCCAAUCUAUCAGCCCACACUCAGCGCGCCAAAGCCAAAAGCUCAUCAGCUAAGCAUUAAGACUUUCUCCAGCCCAACCCAGUGCACUCACUGUACCUCCCUGUUGGUGGGCCAGAUCCGGCAGGGUUAUGCCUGUGAGGUAUGCUCUUUCAUCUGUCACGUGUCCUGUAAAGACAACGCGCCCCAGGUUUGCCCCAUUCCUCCAGAGCAGGCCAAGAGGCCUCUGGGUAUUGAUGUGCAGAGGGGCAUUGGCACAGCUUACAAAGGUUUUGUCAGGAUCCCGAAGCCCACAGGAGUGAAGAAGGGCUGGCAGAGGACAUAUGCUGUAGUGUGUGACUGUAAGCUCUUCCUCUAUGAGGUGCCAGAAGGGAAGUCCACUCAGCCUGGUAUGAUGGCCAGUCAGGUCCUUGACUUGAGAGACGAAGAGUUCUCUGUAAGCUCUGUGUUGGCAUCUGACGUGAUCCAUGCCAGUCAUAAAGACAUUCCCUGCAUAUUUAGGGUAACGUCAUCCGCUUCAAACUCUCCAAUCCGGCCGGUGCCUCUGCUGGUGUUAGCUGAGAGUGAGGUGGAGAAGAGGAAGUGGGUGGGCAUCCUAGAGGGCCUGCAGAACAUCCUGGCCAAGAACCACUUGAAGAACCGUGUGGUGCAUGUCCUGCACGAGGCCUAUGACAGCAGCCUGCCUGCCAUCAAAACUACACUCUCUGCUGCUAUCGUAGAUCGAGAACGAAUUGCGUUGGGGACAGAAGAGGGCCUGUUUGUAGUCGAGAUCACCAGAGAUGUCAUUGUUCGUGCUGCUGACUGUAAAAGAAUCUGCCAGAUUGAGCUUAUGCCCAAAGAGAAGAUGGUGGCUCUGCUUUCAGGCCGUAACCGCCAUGUCCAUUUAUACCCCUGGGCGGCACUAGAAGGUGCGGAUGUUAAUUGCGAGGCCAAGUUGACGGAAACAAAAGGCUGCCAGGCUAUGACCAUAGGUACCCUACGCCCUGGUGGCCCAGCGUGUCUCCUAGCAGGUGUGAAGCGGCAGGUCAUCUGCUACGAAAUCACUCGCGUAAAGCCCCAUCACCGUAAGCUGUGGGAGGUGCAGGCACCUGGUAUUGCCCAGUGGCUGGGUAUUAUUCGUGAUCGGCUGUGCGUGGGUUACCCGUCAGGCUUCGCUCUGCUUGCCAUGCAGGGAGAGUCGUCACCGGUAAGUCUGGUGAGCCCGGCAGACCCCUCACUAGCCUUUUUGGCCCAGCAGCCCCUGGACGCGCUGCACGCUAUGGAGGUGGGGGGCAAUGAACUGCUGCUGUGCUUCAGUCAGCUGGGAGUGUACGUGGAUGCGACUGGACGACGCUCUCGAACGCAGGAGCUGAUGUGGCCUGCCACACCACUUGCCUGCAGCUCAAACUCGAACUACCUGACAGUGUACAGUGAUUAUGGAGUAGACGUGUUUGAUGUCCACACCACAGAAUGGGUCCAGACCAUCUCAUUAAGAGGAAUUCGGCCCCUGAAUGUGGAGGGCAGUCUGAACCUGUUUGGCUCUGAGCAGCCCCACCUCAUCUACUUCAGCAACAACUCCUCAGAUGGCUGUGAUCUGGCCAUCCCUGAGACCUCAGACAACAGCAAGAAGCUGAUGGUGAGGACACGCAGCAAGAGGAAGUUCCUUUUUAAAGUAUCAGAGGAGGAGCGGCUGCAGCAGAGAAGGGAGAUGCUGAGGGAUCCUGAAAUGAGAUCCAAGAUGAUCUCCAACCCCACCAACUUCAACCACGUUGCUCACAUGGGGCCAGGCGACGGCAUGCAGGUCCUCAUGGAUCUGCCUCUGAGUGUGAUGCCCUCUUCUCAGGACGACCUGUCUAAAGACAAGCCACGGCCUCUGUCCAGCAUCUCACGGCAACAGAGGAGUAAGACCCACAUCACCCGCACUGCCUCAGGAGGGGGAGAUUUUGGAGGAGCAGGGUCGUCUCGCAGUAUUUCUGAUCAAGAUCAAGACUUUGAGAGAGAGGUAAGAACAUCUAUCAUCUACCUUAAUGACCUCCCCCGGGAUGUCAAAUAUGGUUUUAUUUCAUUCGCCCCACAUUUUGAAAGCUUCUCGAGAUGCUUGAUGGAUGGUUAGAGGAGCUUUGAGGUGCUUUCGGCCGCGCAGUGAGUUU